AGUCCCGCUCCGCGCCGCUCCGCUCCGGCUCCGGCUCCGGCUCGCCUCGGGCUCGGCUCGGGCUCCGGCGGCGGCGCCCAGCGCCGGGCCCCGGGACAGGCGGCGGCGCUCCAACCAUGGCCCGUGCCCAGGCGCUGGUGCUGGCGCUCACCUUCCAGCUCUGCGCGCCAGAGACCGAGACUCCGGCAGCUGGCUGCACCUUUGAGGAGACAAGUGACCCAGCAGUGCCCUGCGAGUACAGCCAGGCCCAGUACGAUGACUUUCAGUGGGAACGAGUGCGAAUCCACCCUGGCACCCGGGCCCCUGCAGACCUGCCCCACGGCUCCUACUUGAUGGUCAACACUUCUCAGCAUGCCCCAGGCCAGCGAGCCCAUGUCAUCUUCCAGAGCCUGAGUGAGAAUGACACCCACUGUGUGCAAUUCAGCUACUUCCUGUAUAGCCGGGACGGGCACAGCCCGGGCACCCUGGGUGUCUAUGUGCGCGUUAAUGGGGGCCCCCUGGGCAGUGCCGUCUGGAAUAUGACUGGAUCCCACGGCCGUCAGUGGCACCAGGCUGAACUGGCGGUCAGCACUUUCUGGCCCAAUGAAUAUCAGGUGCUGUUUGAGGCCCUCAUCUCCCCAGACCGCAGGGGCUACAUGGGCCUAGAUGACAUCCUGCUUCUCAGCUACCCCUGCGCAAAGGCCCCGCACUUCUCCCGCCUGGGCGACGUGGAGGUAAACGCAGGCCAGAACGCGUCGUUCCAGUGCAUGGCGGCGGGCAGAGCGGCCGAGGCCGAACGCUUCCUCCUGCAGCGGCAGAGCGGGGCGCUGGUGCCUGCGGCGGGCGUGCGGCACAUCAGCCACCGGCGCUUCCUGGCCGCUUUCCCGCUGGUUGCCGUGAGCCGCGCCGAGCAGGACCUGUACCGCUGCGUGUCCCAGGCGCCGCGCGGCGCGGGCGUCUCCAACUUCGCGGAGCUCAUUGUCAAGGAGCCCCCCACUCCCAUCGCGCCCCCACAGCUGCUGCGUGCUGGCCCCACCUACCUUAUUAUCCAGCUCAACACCAACUCCAUCAUUGGCGAUGGGCCGAUCGUGCGCAAGGAGAUCGAGUACCGCAUGUCGCGUGGGCCAUGGGCCGAGGUGCACGCAGUCAGCCUGCAGACUUACAAGCUGUGGCACCUUGACCCAGACACAGAGUAUGAGAUCAGCGUACUACUCACGCGUCCGGGAGAUGGCGGCACUGGUCGCCCCGGGCCACCUCUCAUCAGCCGUACCAAAUGCGCAGAGCCCAUGAGGGCUCCCAAAGGCCUGGCUUUUGCUGAUAUCCAGGCCCGCCAGCUGACCCUGCAGUGGGAACCACUGGGUUACAACGUGACGCGUUGCCACACCUAUACCGUGUCGCUGUGCUAUCACUACACCCCAGGCAGCAGCCACAACCAGACUAUCCGGGAGUGUGUGAAGACGGAGCAAGGUGUCAGCCGCUACACCAUCAAGAACCUGCUGCCCUAUCGGAACGUUCAUGUGCGGCUCGUCCUCACUAACCCUGAGGGUCGCAAAGAGGGCAAGGAGGUCACCUUCCAGACAGAUGAGGAUGUGCCCGGUGGGAUUGCAGCUGAGUCCCUGACCUUUACUCCACUGGAGGACAUGAUCUUCCUCAAGUGGGAGGAGCCCCAGGAGCCCAAUGGUCUCAUCACUCAGUAUGAGAUCAGCUACCAGAGCAUCGAGUCAUCAGACCCGGCAGUGAAUGUGCCAGGCCCACGGCGUACCAUCUCCAAGCUCCGCAACGAGACCUACCACGUCUUCUCCAACCUGCACCCAGGCACCACCUACUUGUUCUCCGUGCGGGCCCGCACGGGCAAAGGCUUCGGCCAGGCAGCACUCACUGAGAUAACCACCAACAUCUCUGCUCCCAGCUUUGAUUAUGCCGACAUGCCGUCGCCCCUGGGCGAGUCUGAGAACACCAUCACCGUGCUGCUGAGGCCGGCACAGGGCCGCGGUGCGCCCAUCAGUGUGUACCAGGUGAUUGUGGAGGAGGAGCGGCCACGGAGGCUGCGGCGGGAGCCAGGUGGACAGGAUUGCUUCCCAGUGCCACUGACCUUCGAAGUGGCACUGGCCCGAGGCCUGGUGCACUACUUCGGGGCUGAACUGGCGGCCAGCAGUCUACCUGAGGCCAUGCCCUUUACCGUGGGUGACAACCAGACCUACCGAGGCUUCUGGAACCCACCGCUUGAGCCUAGGAAGGCCUAUCUCAUCUACUUCCAGGCAGCAAGCCACCUGAAGGGGGAGACCCGGCUGAAUUGCAUCCGUAUUGCCAGGAAAGCUGCCUGCAAGGAAAGCAAGCAGCCCCUGGAGGUAUCCCAGAGAUCGGAGGAGAUGGGGCUUAUCCUGGGCAUCUGUGCAGGGGGGCUUGCUGUCCUCAUCCUUCUCCUGGGUGCCAUCAUUGUCAUCAUCCGCAAAGGGAGAGACCACUAUGCCUACUCCUACUACCCGUAAGUAGCUCCACCUGGCCUGGGAGGCC